AUGUGUCGUCAGUUUGGGGAGGUGUUCACCGAGUGGAAUGUGUGGACGAAGGCUUGGAAUUUUCUCCUGGUGGAGAAGUUGAGCAGCAGCACUCAGGAGGAAGAGUGGAAGGAGAUCGCCUCGCAGUGCGACUGCAGCCCCACCUACGAGACCGAAGCCUAUCAACUGAAAGCCCGCCGCAAGUUUGCUGCCGCCAAGGGUCUCCCGUUUGACAAGGUGACUUUGAAGCAGGUCGAGGAGUCCGACCUCGGCCUGCAGGGCUACGCCGAGAUGAUCAUCACCGUGCCGGGGAUCGAAGUGGUCGACGACGACACGGAGGCGAAGACCAAGACCGCUGCCGCCUCCCGCAAAUCGAGCAAGCGAAAGGAGAAAGGGAACGACGAGGCUGAGAAGGACACCGGCAACCAGCAGGACUCCAAGAAGACGAAGAUCGAGACCGAGAAGCCCGAGCAGGACAACAAGAAGACGAAGAAGCCGAAAGCCAAGGCGAAGCCGGAGGGCAUUCUCAAGGAGGCAGAGACCACCGCCAGGUCCAUCGUGUUGCAGAUCCAACGGGCACAGCAGACGACAGAGCGACUGCAAGAGGCUUUGAAGCAGGAGCCAUGGGCCGUGCCGCUGCUGGGGGAGUUCGAAAGCCUGCAGACGGCGAUGAAGCUGCAGCUCAGCCCCACAGGAGGCGAGGACAUCGCCGAGUUUGUGAACGAGCUCAAGCUUUGUGUGUUCUCUGGAGCAGGUGCCAGCAGCACGAAGGCAUUGAAGAAGGAGUACAAGGACAACUAUGUUUCGAUGCUCUGCUUGUUCGCCGAUCGGUGCAAAGGUACGGCCCAGCAGCUACUUGGCCAUUUUCAUUUGUUGUUCUCUUUGUCGUUUGUUUGUUUGUGGCCCUUGUAUCAGUCUUCGCUCUUUCACCUAAGGAUGCUCGACCUCGCCUGCAAGAUGGAUAACAUGUUCAAGGCCGGUUCCGUGGACGCCGACUCCAACCCCAAGGGUGGCAGGAGGUCAGGUGGGAAGAAGAGGGCCCGAGCCGAUGGCUCCCAGUGA